GGUAAGCCCAGAAACUGUUUGGACUCAUUUCUGAAGCCCAAAACCAGGUGACUCAGAUACUUAAUUGAUCUAAAAACAUGAGUAGAGAGGAGAAGGACUCGUUUAGUAUAGUCAACAUUUGUGAUGAACCAGAGGAAAGGAGGAAUGUGGCAGAAAGCUCUGGCGUUUCCUCCCAGCAUGAGCACCAAGCGCAGCCUCAAGCAGAGGGGGCGUAUGGGAUGGCCCAGCAGUCCCCAGGUCCCCAGAUGCAACAUGGCCCCGUUUAUCAGGAGAUGAGCUCUGGGACCCGGCAGCAGUGGGUCCUCCAGGCUCCAGACAGAUCUGAUCUCCAGGCCAGCUGGCUCUCUGAGGUGGAGCCAGAAGCCGCAGCAGAAGUGGACCCCAGCUUCCUGCCAGGACCCAAGUGCGGCCAGCCUUGCCCCUCGUCAGCUCCCAGCGAAGAAGUCUCAUCAUUCCUCAGGACAAUUCCUCCCGUUCCUGAUGAAGUGGCAGUCAGGCAGAGGGUCCCACGGAAGUUCUGGAAGGUUGGCAAGGUCUGCCAUGGAAAGAAUGUCUAUGCCAUUGCCAUCAGUGGCUCAACUCACCACGUGUACACGUGUGGCCAUAGCUACAUUAAGGUGUGGGAAGAGAGCGCUCUGCAUGCCUUCAACAAGGCCCCACAGGCCCAGCUGGACUUCCAGGACCGUCGGAGCUGUGUCCUUGCCUGUAAGCUGCUGCCUGAAGAGCAGAGCCUGAUCACUGGAGGUGUGUCCCGGAGCCUGACUCUUUGGGAUCUGGCACCCACGCCCCGUGUCAGGGCGCAGCUGGACUCCACAGGCCCUAGGUGCUAUUCCCUGGCUCUCUCCUCCAACGCCCAGAUCUGCUUGGCUUGUUUCAAAGGAUUUGUGGAGAUUUGGGACUUACGGAACCAAAUCUUGAUUAGGAAGCACGAAGUCCCUGAAUAUGGGUCCCGAUGCGUGGACAUUGCAGGCAAUAAGUUCUGGACAGGAGGUGAAAACGCCAGGCUGUAUUCCUGGGACCUGAGGAGCUACCAGAGGCUGCAGCAGUACCACUUACAAGAGGAGAUCCUCAGCAUUACCCAUGAUCCCAGUGAGGAGUGGGUGUUAGUAGGCUUGAGAAACAGUGACAUCAUAAUCCUACACAUGCACCGGAAGGAGAAGUUUAAGAUCGCCUCUGACAAAUACAUAGAUCACCACAACCUCAAGUUUGCCUCCUGUGGGAGCUAUUUCGUGACCACGCGGGAUGAAUCCAUCUACUGCUUAACUGCACCUUCUCUACAGAGGUUGUUUCAGGCAGAGGAGUCUACAGAUAUCCUGUGUUGUGACGUGUCCUCUGACAACCAGUAUCUGGUCACGGGCUCCAAGAAGAGUGCCACAGUUUAUCAGCUCUUGUAUUGAAAGUUCGCGUGCUGUGACCCUCCUGGUGAACACCCAGGGAAGGUCAGCAGGCAGAGAGAUGACUACGUCAGUGCC